AUGAGUUCGGCAGCGUUCGUAACGAAGGUCCAGCCGCUGACGACUGGCAAGACGAAGAAGCCGGGGGCCCGGUGGUGCGUCGACGAACUAAGGAGGCCUUGGGUUAUGCGUGCUGGAUACAGACGAACCUUAGAAGAGGUGUUAUCACAGGGGGAGUCGACGCGCUCAAAUUUAAUGCCAUUUUCCCCCCGCUCCCCCUCCGUCGCUAGACCACAAUUCGUCACCAGACCACAAUUCGUCACCUAUAACAACAUACCCGGGAUAGUGAUCAAGAAUGCGCAGCACACAGACCCACGAAGCAUCGAAAUGAAAUUCCCCCGGGGACAGACUAGACUACGAACCACUCACUGGAUUACGCUGUUUCCACAUGGCUAUGCAGGCAACGGGUCGCUGCUAGAAUCUCACCCGUCCGCACUCCUGGCGUCCACCUGA